UUCAGGGCUGAUGUUGUCUCAGCUCCAACCUAUCCUCAUGUUCAGGUUAAUAGAAAUCAAAGCUUAUUUAGAGCAGACCACAUGCGAGUUUUGAGAUUCUAAACUACGUUCUUGUCUUUCGUUCAUCGUGAAAAAACUAGAGUCGAUUAAGCACCAAGAUGAAGGUUCAGGAAACGAGGCCCCAUGUCCAUGCACCUGGGGAAGAAGAGAAGGUUAUGACAAGGAAGCAGAAAGCUGAGUCCAAGGCACAUGAAGUGGAGCAUUCUCCUAAGAAGGCCAAGGUGGAAAAUGAAGAUGGCCACGUCAACGGAAAAACUGUAGCUGAUGUUGCAGAAGAAUAUGAUGAGUUUUGCAAAGCCACAAGUGAGCACCUUCCUUUGGAGCAAAUGAAAGAGAUUCUGGAGGCCAAUGGCCUUGAUUCUUCUGGCACUGAUCUUGAAAUUACACGAAGAUGCCAAGACUUGCUGUUUUAUGGUCCAUUGGACAAGUGCUCUGUUUGCAAUGGGAGUUUGGAGUUUGAUGGCAGACGUUAUGUUUGCAGAGGAUUCUACAGUGAGUGGGCUAGUUGCAUUUUCAGCACCAGAAACCCUCCAAGGAAACAGGAACCCAUCAAGCUACCUGAUUCUCUUCAGAACUCUGUGCCUUCAGAUUUGCUAAAGAAGUAUCAGGACCCAAGUCACAGGCCUCACAGGGAUCUAGGCCUAGCUGAAAAACCCUUUACCGGGAUGAUGAUAUCUCUGAUGGGUCGUCUUACUAGGACACAUCAUUAUUGGAAAACAGUUAUUGAAAAGCAAGGAGGGAAAGUGGCAAACUCUAUACUUGGGGCUACCUGUUUGGUAGCUUCACCCGCUGAGCGAGAACGUGGUGGGACAUCCAAACUUGCAGAAGCCAUGGAGAGAAGUAUACCAGUGGUUAGGGAGGCUUGGCUGGUUGACAGCAUUGAAAAGCAAGAACCACAGCCUUUGGAAGCUUACGAUCUUGUCUCUGAUCUUUCUGUGGAUGGCAAGGGAAUUCCCUGGGACAAACAGGAUCCUGGGGAGGAGGCUAUUGAAUCACUCUCAGCAGAACUCAAACUUUAUGGGAAGAGAGGGGUCUACAAAGAUACCAAGUUGCAGGAACAAGGGGGAAAGAUAUUUGAAAAAGAUGGGAUAUUAUACAACUGUGCCUUUUCCCUUUGCGACCAAGGACGCGGACUGAACGACUACUGUAUCAUGCAACUGAUCGUUGUUCCAGAAAAUCGUUUGCAUAUGUACUUUAAGAAAGGGAGAGUUGGCGAUGAUCCAAAUGCAGAGGAGCGAUUGGAAGAGUGGGACAACGAAGGCAGUUGUCUGAAAGAGUUUGCGAGACUCUUCGAGGAAAUAACAGGAAAUGAGUUUGAACCUUGGGAAAGAGAGAAAAAGUUCCAGAAGAAGCCAUUGAAGUUCUAUCCCAUUGAUAUGGAUGAUGGAGUUGAAGUUAGACACGGAGCCCUAGGUCUUCGGCAGCUGGGGAUAGCAGUAACACACUGUAAACUUGAGCCUUUGGUUGCAAAUUUUAUGAAAGUUUUGUGCAGCAAGGAGAUAUACAAGUAUGCAUUGAUGGAGAUGGGUUACGACUCUCCGGACCUUCCAAUAGGAAUGGUAACAAAUCUUCAUCUGAAAAGAUGUGAGGACGUUCUCUUAGAAUUCAUAGGAAAGGUGAAAUCAUUGAAAGAAACUGGGCCCAAGGCUGAGGCUGUUUGGACUGAUUUUAGCCAAAGAUGGUUCACGCUUAUGCAUUCCACAAGGCCUUUCAAUUUUAGAGAUUAUCAAGAGAUUGCAGACCAUGCUGCAGCUGCCUUGGAGGGGGCAAGAGACAUAACCCUCGCUUCUCACCUCAUAGGAGACAUGACUGGCUCAACCAUCGAUGACCCAUUAUCGGAGACAUACAAGAAAUUGGGUUGCUCAAUUACUCCCCUGGACAAAAGUUCAAAUGAUUAUCAGAUGAUUGUGAAAUAUCUUGAAAAUACUUAUGAGCCAGUUAAAGUUGGUGACAUUGAGUACGGGGUGUCAGUGGAAAACAUUUUUUCGGUGCAAACAGGUGGCUGCCCGUCCUAUGAAGACAUAGUUAAACUGCCAAAUAAAGUUCUUUUAUGGUGUGGAACACGAAGCUCAAACCUUUUGAGGCACUUGCACAAAGGAUUCUUGGAAGCAAUAUGCUCACUGCCGGUUCCGGGUUAUAUGUUUGGCAAAGCUAUAGUCUGUUCCGAUGCUGCAGCAGAGGCUGCACGGUAUGGUUUUACUGCUGUUGACAGGCCAGAAGGGUUCUUGGUUUUGGCCAUUGCUUCCCUAGGGAAAGAGGUUACCGAGUUUAAAAGCCCACCCGAGGAUACUUCGUCUUUGGAGGAAAAGAAGCUUGGAGUGAAGGGACUGGGGAAGAAGAAAACAGAUGAAUCAGAACACUUUGUUUGGAAAGAUGAUAUAAAAGUUCCUUGCGGUAAACUAGUCGCCUCAGAUCAUCAAGAUAGCCCCCUGGAAUAUAACGAAUAUGCUGUCUACGAUCCUAAGCAGGCACGCAUAAGCUACUUGGUGGGAGUGAAAUAUGAAGAGAAGGGGGUGGAGAUUGACACGGCCGAGUAACAGAGAGCUUGAAAGGAAAGCUUUUUUGCAAUGCGCAAGUUGAAUGCUACCAUCUUGCCUGAAAGGUGUACCAGUGGUUUAUCUAGUCAGGGAAAGAUCUUAUCUAUGUCAUUUUGAUGUAUAUUUACAUGUGACAAAAUCGGCUGUAUGUUGUGUCACAUUUUGAUGUAAGUCAAUGACCAGUAACUUAUGGUAAGUAAAUACUUUGCUCUACUCAUGACGGCAAUAGAGUGGAAUUACUAUUUACAUCA